GCUGGCAACAGCGGUUGAAUGAGAACAGAGACAAAGGCACAAUUUACACCAUGAGAUUGUCCUACUCUCCUGGCCCCUCUCCCCAAAUUUGGGAAGGGCUCUGCUCAGCUGUGAGAACUGCUUUACCUCAAACUCGGCUCUCUACCAGCAGACAGAUUCUGCUUGAAGCAUAGCAACAGAGAAGAGGAGAGGCCUGUCUGACCCACAUCCCUGGGAGGAGGUGGAGAGCUGUGAAGAUUGGGCCUUAGAGACCAAGAGACUAAGGGGCAGGAGAAAGUCUGCAUUAUAUAAAGGAAGAAAGUGCAUGCACAGGACCUGGAAUUUACAACUCUGAGUCCAUUUACAACCACUAACACUCUAUGUGACUCCAGACUUGAGACCAGUUGUUGCCUUUUCAAGGAACAAAUUAUCCCACCGCACCUGAAUUGCUUAGCAAAUGACCGCCCUUCACAGACAUCAUUAAGGUGGUGGGAGAUCCUGACGUGUGAACCGGGACCAUGGAGGCCUCUGUGCUGAGCCCCACCUCCUGGGAGAAGCGGCAAGCUUGGCUCCGUCAGAGCCGUAACUGGCAGACGCAGGUCCUGGAAGAGGAAGCUGCAGCCGCCCUGCAGGAUGUCCCAGACCCUGAGCCUUCAAGCCUAGAUGAUGUUUUCCAUGAAGGAAAUCCAAUCAACAAGAUUGAAAACUGGCUUCAGGACUGCAGAGACUCUGAAGAGGGGUUUUCUGAGGAAUCUAGACAACCCAUCUACAAUGGGUUCUCCAGCCAUGGAACCAGUUUUGAAGAUGACUUGAUGCUUGGAGCAGAGGCCACACUGCUGGCCGCUAAUGACAAACUCUUCUCCAGGAGUUUCCUCCAGACAUCCAAGCCUUGCCAGCUACUUGAUCUUGGCUGUAGUUUGGCUUCCAGCUGCAUGACUGGUGGAACCAACAAGACUAGUUCAAGCAUUUCAGAGAUUCUAGACCAGGUGCAAGAGGAUGCAGAAGAUGUCCUCUUCAGUCUAGGCUUUGGCCAAGAGGACCACAAAGACACUACUCGGAUCCCCGCAAGAUUUUUCACCAACCCCUCUCAGGCCAAGGGCAUUGAUUUCCAGCUCUUCUUAAAGGCACAGGUGCGGAGGAUCGAGAUGGAGGACCCCUGCCUCAUGCUGGCCAGCAGGUUUAAGCAGGUGCAAACACUGGCUGCUACUGCGGAUGCCUUCUUCUGUCUCUACUCCUAUGUGUCCAAGACACCUGUUCAAAAGUUCACACCAUCCCACAUGUUCUGGAACUGCGACCCAACCGAUGUGCCAUCCAUCAGGAUUUUGGCCCCAGAGCCUGAACCCCACUCACCGAGGGAGCGCCUGCGGAAAGCCAUCUCCAAAAUGUGCCUGUACACAGGUUCCCGAGACCAGCUGUCACCAUCCCACAACACCCCCAAGAGGAACAGUUUGGACCAAGUGGUUUGGGAAGUGAUGGACAGAGUGAGAGGAGAGAAGGUAAAUCUCCAGCAAGGCUCUGAGUUUGGGCAAGGCCCACAGGCAGGUACUGAGCCCCCUACAGGAAACACAGAGCUGCCCGCUUCUUCCUCUCCAUGUGCCCUUUGCCCCAAAGUGGAAACAUGGCAAAGGAUGUCCGCAGUGCUGGCACCAUCACAGACUCUGGACUCUAACCCUGAGGAGCCCUACUGCACACAAUCUGUAGCAGGAGCAUUUCCACAGUGGAGCAUAAACCCUGUGGAGGUCAUAAGAGAGCCGUGUGGCCUGCAGUCCACUGAUAUGGAAGACCAUUCAGCCAAGAAUGAGACUUUCUGGAAAAGAAAGACCAAAGCAAGAAAGAGUCUAUUUUAAAACACUCCUCUGGACAAAAAGGGUUAGUCACUGCGCCUGUCCGUCAUCCAGCAACAAAGGAAGAAGAGCCGAGACAGAACAGAACUGCACCAAUCCCUAACCCAGCAGCUUCAGGGCACAUUUGACUUAGAAGAGAUGAGUGAAUUGGAGGUGAGGGAGAGACUGCAAAAGAAAAGCUCUGAAUGCUUGUGCAGAAAAUGAAAGAGUCGAGCCCUUGAGCAAAGGAGAUACAGGUAUUUUGUUCUUGGCCAAUGUACUACUUCAUGAAUUAAACUCAGGUACUUGUCGGGAUGGGUUAAUAAAGA